CUCUCGCGCACCCUCAGCGCACAUCGCUGCAGGCUUGUGAGUGACUUGACAGGUAGAGUUGUGUCUGGCGCUUUGCGAUUUGCAAAAUGGCCAGCAUGUCUUCAAACAGCUCUCUGGAUAUUUAUAUGCUUACAGAGGAGCACAUGAAGGUGGUUGGUUGUAUUGAUCUUGCAAUGAGCUUACUCAGUUUACUGGGAGCAGGUUCCAUUCUUGUGUAUGCAGGAAUAAAGAAAAAAAUCUGCAUACCAGAGGUGUACCCUAUCUUCCACUUGUCUCUGGCAGAUUGUCUGGCAUCUCUUUGUCUGCUGCUUGGAGCCACCAUGUAUCUGACACAUGAACACACAAUGGUUAUGUCCGCCUGCCAUUAUAUUGUUGGUGCUGCCGUGUGUUUUUAUAUAAUAACAUUUUUAUUGACUAUGACGUAUGCGGUUGAAGUUUAUAACAAGAUGAAGCGAGAGUUAAGUGCUAGGGAAAAUUCGACAGGAAGAAAAGCUAGAAAGAAAUGUAACGUACUGCAUCCUUUGUACAUAAUGUCUUGGGCUGUUCCCCUCUUGGUUGCCUUUGCAUUCAUGUUAGUGACAAGAAGAGAAGAGGAUGACUGGUAUUCUAUUUUACCUCCAGCCACAGGGUGUGAGGCGUGUCUGCCUCUGUUCCACUAUAAUGACGACCUUUGUAUGAGUCAGAAAACAGAUGUAGAAGGCUGGGAGAAAGCUAUGAAGUAUUUAUUUUUAGGUCCUCUUACACUUACCAUGCUGGUCAACUUUGUUAUCUAUGUCUUAAUUAUCAGAGCAUUCAGACAGAUUCAGAUGACAAGAGGUGUUUUGAGCUACCAGCAGCAUAAAGUGGAGAGACAGGUCAAGGUGAAGGCCAUGAGGUACCAGCUGGUCUUUUUCUUCUGUUGGAUACCGUCACUUGUCCUUGGUGUGUUUUCCAUCUCCAGCAAGUUCGACAUGAACCAAUAUUUCUGGCUGUAUGUGUUACAGGGUCUUACAGCACCCUUGCAGGGCUUCUUUAACUCCCUUGUAUAUGGCUGGAACAGAGACGGUUUUAAAAGGGCAAUCACCGAGCCAUUUUUAAAGCAUGCAGCACCUUCCACUUCUUACUCCUCUGUCAGUUUGUAAUGGUGAUCGCAGGCAUGUAAUCUCUAAGCUAUUAGGGUAUCGUGAUUAUUGUGGGCCAUGCUAUUAAGGUGUUCGCCUUCCGGUUGCAUAAUUUGAGAUUGUUUUCAGCGGGUUACUGGAUAUGAGAUCAGGUUUUGCAGACUUCGAGAACCCACCCAGUUUUGGGAGGGAAGAAUUUGAAUACCAGUCUUAUGUCUCUUCUACAGUGCACAAGUGUAAGGUAGAGGGUGAGGGCAUGCUGCGAGAUUCUGGAGUUAACAUUUUUUUAGUUUUUUUCUAUGUUAUCAGUGCCUUUUAGUCAUAUUAAAGGAAGGCAAUUGUUUGGGGUAACUGGUUUGCUUAUAUUUCUUACUUAUAUUCUCAUCUGGUUUGUAUAGAAUUUUAUACUUUAUAUUCCAUCUUUUCUUUAUUAUAAUUUACUGGAGUGAGAUUGUCAUAAAUUAGUUUAAUAUCAGUUCCUUAAGUUAAUCUCAAUGAAUGUUAAGCUAGAUGGCAUUCCAUCCUAAAAUGGAAAGCAUUUGCAAUCCAACCAUAUAAAGCUGAGUGCAAUAUAUUUGGGUACUUGGUUCUUCCAGUGUUAACCACUUAAUGAUAUUCAACUGAAAGGAAUAGAGAAAUCCAUUUUCUAAAAUGCACUGAUAGUAUUCAACUUUUGAUACAGAGAGAUCAUUUACAAUUUUUUCUCGAAAGUUCAUAUAUUUUUCAUUACACUUAACAUUUUAUACACAGAUUUGGUUAGUGUUUAGAUAUGUUUUUCCCUCAGCAAGAUGCUAAAUGUUUCUGGAUCUGUAUAAAAAAAGGCAGAAUUAUUGAUGAAUAUGGCAUUUGAAAAACAGAUUAACAAUCUAUAGAAGAUGCGCGCCUGUACUAUUUUUUUUUUUUUUUAUUUUCCUGUCAUAAUAUUUAUUAAAAAUUUUUUGCAAAGAUCUGUCCAUUGUUCGCCUAGUGACAUACAGAGAAUUCUCGAGAAUUACAUAAUUUAUGUUCAUGUAAAAAGUAGUGAAUUUCAUGUGCUGGAUACUGUAUGUACAUUGUAAGUACUCUGACAUGGCUUUUUUCUGGCCUUAUGACAUUCAAGUGAAAAGAUGCCAUUUUUAUCAUACAAAUAUAUAAAUAAUAAAUGCAUUUAAUAUUUGUAA